AUGUCUGAAGUACAAGCAACAUUAGAGUUCUCGGUAGAGCUUCAUAAAUUCCAUAAUGUGGACUUAUUCCAGAGAGGGUACUAUCACGUAAGGGCCUCAUUAAAAGUGUCAUCUAGGACACCACACAAACUGACGGCAACGCUUAUGGGACAAACAGAUGACCCUGGAACGUAUUCUCCCGUGUGUGUAUGAUAAUGUCGUGUACAGCCGGAUCCUCCAGAUCCUCUAUAGGAAUGAAGAUAUCGAUAUCAAUGAUGUCAUGCUGUUCAAAGCCCACCUUUUCCUGGAUGGAGAACGGGUAGAAGAUGCUCUCAGCGAAGUGGAUUUCCAACUGAAGUUAGACCUUCAUUUUACAGACAGCGAGCAGCAACUGAAAGACAUCUCCGCCUCCGCCGUCCCCCUGAUCAGCAGCCGCACUUUAGGUCUUCAUUUCCAUCCGCGAAGAGGUUUGCACCACCAUGUUCCUGUCAUGUUCGACUAUUUCCACUUGUCGGUGAUCUCCGUAACGGUGCACGCUUCACUGCUAGCCUUACAUCAGCCGUUUACCAGUUUUGUCCGUCCGCUAAGAGGAUCCUGGUUGGGAAAAAGUAACCAAGAGUUAGCGAUGGACCAGACAAGCGUUUCUCUUGAGAAUCUGGUUUUUGGAGCUGCUUACUGCAAACCACCAUCUCCAGAGGGAAAUGGCUAUGUGCCAUCAGAGACAUGCAUACAACAUGCCUACAAAUGGCACAAGGAUCUUUGCCAGCUGCUGCUGUCUGCCUACAGUGGGCUUUCCUCCUACUACGCACACUCUUCUGAAAGAAAUCCCUGAUUUAUCCAAGUUGAAAUAGAGGAAAUGAUGCCUGAAAAAACUUUGUCCCAACUCUGCAGCCAACUGCAGUUGUUGGAGAGCCCAGACAGAAUAACCGAGCAGAUCAGCAAGGACCUGGCUUGGCUUUGUUCCCAACUUUUGGUGAUGUGGUCCAAAUUUCUGGAAAUAGUGACACUUCGCCCCGAUGUGACAACCUACCUCAUGCAAGAACAUCACACCCUACGGGUAAGAAGAUUUUCAGAAGCCUUUUUCUACGCUGAAUAUGAAAAACCAGCUGCUCUCACGUUUCAAGAAAAUCUGAUUCAGAGUCACGGUAACUUGUCGUCGGUAGUCAGGAGCUCAGAGUACCUCACCAGCAUGCCUCCUCUACCGGUUGAAUGUCUAGACAUAGAUGGAGACUGGAGUUCUCUUCCCAUCAUUUUUGAAGACAGAUACGUGGAACAUCCCAGGAUAGUUGAAGAAAAGAAAUAUAAAUCUGAGACCAUCCUAGGCAGUAGCAAUAUAAGUGACCAUUUGAUCCAGACUACAACCGUGUAUGAAAAUGCUUCUUUUGAAGAAACCAGUCAAUGUGUCCACAUACCAGAAGACAUCAUCUCAAACAAGAGCCCAGUGCACAGUUACCAGGAACCUUUCCAGAAAACAGAAAGUGUUUCUAAGGUUCUGAAGCUUGGGGCUACAAUUGACCUACAAGAAUCAAUGCCAGAUGGACCUGAAAUAUCUCAUGAGGAUCCACCAGAACAUAAAUCAACAGGUGUAACGUAUAUUGAAGUAAAGCCUAGCACAGUCAACCAGUACAGAGGAGAACCUGUGUUAAUUGUCAAUGGUUCUUUUCCUAGUCAUGGCUCUGCAACAGAAGUAGAGUUUAACCUCAUGGAGGCUGCUCUUGGGUUGGGUGGGUUGACUAAAGAGAGUUUAGAAUCUGAAAGCAUAGCAAUGCAUGAUGCAGGAGAUUUUAAAAAUGGGCAAAGCCUUAAUAAGAGGAGAUUACACCAAGGUAUGCACAUUCUGUCCAAAAGUAAUAGUACAGAAUUGAUAGGUAAAUCUUUGAAGAAGGCACUUGUAGCAAAUUCUUUUCCUAGUGAUAAGCUUGACCAUUUUUCAUUGUGUUCAGAUGUGAUCAAGCGGUCAUCAUCUUUGAUAUCUGACUCGGGAAUAGAGAGCGAGCCAAGCUCUGUAGCUUGGUGUGAUACCCGCUCUAGGACAGUAGACCCAGGCAGCGAUAAGCAGCUUUUACAGCAGUUAUCUGGAAAGUAUGAUAUGCAUCGAAACUCACUGGAGGGAGUACAGACAGAGAGUAACACGAGCUUACCAAGUGGCAUUCAAGCUUCAUUGACUUCCAUUAACUCCUUGCCAUUUGAAGAGGAGGAAAGAGAGGUGGAACUUUCAAAACUAACUAAAUCUGUUUCUGCGCCACAAAUCAGUAGCCCCGAGGAAAUAGCAAAUGAAAUGACUGUGGUAAAAGCGGAGACUGAUGAGGACAACCAAGACAACACUUUGGUCAACGUCAAUGAUGCUGCUAGGACUGAAUGUGUAAUGACCACAGAAAUGUGUAGUGAGGGAUAUUCUCACAGUGUAACUGUUGAGUCUUCAUACACCAAACCCGUAGUUGAUCGUUCCAUGUCAAAUUCCAUCAGCAGUUUAGAGAAUUUGUUCUCUGAAUCUGACAAAGUCAUGCUAGAUGGUGACGAUCCCUAUGGACGAACUUUGAUGUGCAAUUUAAAUAUUCAGGAAGAUGAAUGUUUUUCAGAUUGUCUGAGCCAAAGGCCUGGAAAGCUGGACUCAACAACAUUUUCAUUAGAAAUGUUGAUAGAGGAUGACGCGUCACAAGCCCGUUUCUCCAAUUUGCCCGAAACUAAUGAGGCCAUGGAAGAGUAUCCAUAUUUGCAAGAGAUUGAACUCACUGAAGAUUCCAGUAGUGAACAAUUACUUGAUAAUUACUCUGGCUCAGAUCAGGAAUUGUUAGACAUGGACUCCAAUCAUAAAUUGAGCAAAAACGUGUGCACUUCUCCAUCGCAAUCAAGCUCAAGUUCAACCACAGUUUUGGCCCCAGAUGGAAGGCGAGGUGUGGAUAUGGUUAACCUCUCUGUUUCUUGUACAGCAACAUGCUUGCCUUUUUCUUCAAUACAAAAGGACACUCCAGUUAUUCCUGGCUUUUCAAGCAAACAAGCGCUGUUCCCGAUAACAAGGCAACCGCUGGGAUCUUUUGGGGUUAUUUCAGGGAAUUCUUCAGAUAACGAUGAAGAAGUUAAUGAACGAAUGCUUAGUUUUCACCAGGCUAAAGAAAAAUUUAUAGAAGACCUGAAAUUUGAAGGUUUCAUGUACAGUGACCUCCCCAUAUUGGCCUCAGACCUUCCUUAUUUCCCACCAGAAGAGGAGCACUUGGAAGAUGGCAUCCAUCUUGUGAUCUGUGUGCAUGGGCUGGAUGGUAACAGCGCAGAUCUUCGAUUGGUCAAAACGUUUCUUGAGCUGGGUCUACCGAGGUCAAAUCUGGACUUCCUUAUGUCUGAAAAAAAUCAGAAUGACACGUUUGCCGACUUUGAUGCAAUGACUGACAGGCUGAUUGAUGAGAUUAUCCAGCACAUACAGCUAUAUAACCUCUCAAUCUCCAGGAUAAGUUUUAUUGGGCAUUCGCUGGGAAACAUCAUCAUCCGAUCGGUGCUCACCCGCCCUCGAUUCCGAUAUUAUCUGAACAAGUUGCACACCUUCCUUUCCCUUUCUGGACCCCACCUGGGGACUCUCUAUAGUAACAGCACUUUGGUCAGUACAGGCUUGUGGCUGAUGCAAAAGCUGAAGAAGUCCGGCUCACUGCUACAGUUUGACGUUCAGGGACAAACGCUGAUCUGCAAAAAUCUUUCCUGUAUCAGCUCAGCCAGAAACCAAGUCUUCAGUACUUUAAAAAUGUUGUUUUGGUGGCAUCUCCCCAAGAUCGGUAUGUUCCGUUUCACUCAGCAAGAAUUGAAAUGUGCAAAAACGCCAUUAAGGACAAGCAUACAGGUCCUAUCUACACCGAAAUGAUAAACAAUCUGCUACAGCCGGUAAUAGACUCCAAGGACUGCACUCUGAUCAGGCACAACGUUUUUCAUGCCCUUCCAAACACAGCCAACACUCUGAUUGGACGAGCCGCUCACAUUGCUGUGCUGGACUCCGAGCUCUUUUUGGAAAAGUUUUUCCUCGUGGCUGGCCUGAGCUACUUCAAAUAG